GCCGCUUCUGUUGUGACUCAGGCAGCCUAUCCCGAGGGUGGGGAGCUACCGAGGAGCCUGAGCCGAACGGUACUCUGCAGCAUCACGUGCCGGGGUGGGGGCUAUAAAAUCCCGGUACCGGGGCUGCGGGUGGGGGACUUGAGAACCAGCCCUCUCCAGGGACCCCUUUGUUCGCGGCCCAGACGCCGACACCUCCGAGUCCCCUAGGGCUUGACCGCCCGCGUCCGUGCAGCUCCCGGAGCAGAUCUCAGAACACGAGAGGGGAGGGGUCGCCGCGGCCGGCCAGGCUGUACAGCCACCCACCCCUACCGACAUGUCGCGCUCCUUCUAUGUCGACUCGCUCAUCAUCAAGGACUCCUCUCGGCCCGCGCCCUCGCUGCCGGAGCCGCACCCCGGGCCGGAUUUCUUCAUCCCGCUGGGCAUGCCGUCCCCGUUGGUGAUGUCCGUGUCGGGGACCGGCUGUCCGUCCCGCAAGAGCGGCGCGUUCUGCGUGUGCCCGCUCUGCGUCACUUCGCACCUGCACUCCUCUCGGGGGUCAGCGGGCGCCGGCGCCGGGGGCGCCGGGGCUGGGGGUACGGGGGCCGGGGGCGGCGGGGCUGUAGGGCCCGCGGGGGCGCUGCCUCUGCUCAAGAGCCAGUUCUCCUCGGGUCCUGGGGACGCGCAGUUUUGUCCGCGAGUGAGCCACGCGCACCAUCACCACCACCCGGCCCAGCACCACCAUCACCACCACCAGCCCCAGCAGCCCGGUUCGGCCGCUGCGGCAGCGGCAGCGGCAGCAGCGGCGGCGGCCGCGGCGGCUUUGGGGCAUCCGCAACACCACGCACCUGUUUGCGCCGCCACCACCUACAACGUGGCGGACCCUCGGAGAUUCCACUGCCUCACCAUGGGAGGUUCCGAUGCCAGCCAGGUACCCAAUGGCAAGAGAAUGAGGACGGCGUUCACCAGCACGCAGCUCCUGGAGCUGGAACGGGAAUUCUCUUCCAACAUGUACCUGUCUCGACUCCGAAGGAUCGAAAUCGCCACGUACCUGAACCUGUCGGAGAAGCAGGUGAAAAUCUGGUUUCAGAACCGCCGGGUGAAGCACAAGAAGGAGGGGAAAGGCACGCAGAGGAACAGUCACGCGGGUUGCAAGUGCGUCGGGGGCCAGGCGCACUAUGCGCGCUCUGAAGAUGAGGACUCCUUGUCGCCGGCCUCUGCCAACGACGACAAGGAAAUUUCCCCCUUAUGAGGGAGGGCCGCCCACCUCACACCAUCCGCUCCU